AUGUCAGAAGCAUCGGCAUUAUUAUCUUCAAAUGACGUGGAAGACGGGAAUAAUUAUCCGAAACCGAAGAAAAAAAUAACGAUGGAUGAAAUGCUUGAGAAAUACUGCGGGGAUUUUGGGUGGUGGCAGUUGAGACACUUAGUGUUAACCAGCUUGGCUUGGAUGCUUGAGGGGAUUCACACUAUGGUCAUGAUCUUCGCCGAUCGCGAACCAGUCUGGUGCUGUUCCACGAGCCAUUGUGGUUCAAGUCUGUGUGACCUUGAGCCUGGCUCGUGGGAAUGGUCAGGUGGAACAGGAAGUUCUACGAUGUCUGAAUUCGGAUUGAUAUGUGGAGACAAGUUUAAGGUUGGGCUUGUCCAGUCUAUAUUUUUUGCUGGCUGCAUGAUCGGGGCUGGAGUAGUUGGACAUCUUUCAGAUUCAAAAUUGGGAAGGAAAGGCUCCCUCGCAAUGGUUUGCAUUUUGAACGCCAUUUUUGGUAUUCUAACAGCAUUCUCUUCGAACUAUUGGACCUAUGCCUUGCUCCGUUUUCUCUCCGGUUUCAGCGCUGGUGGGACAGGCCUUUGCGCUUUUGUUCUUGGCACUGAACCCAUUGGUCAGUCUUGGCGUGGCGUAGCUGGAAUGUCCACUUUCUAUUUUUUCUCUAUAGGAAUAGCCACUGUAUCUGCCAUUGCUUAUUUCUUCCAAUCGUGGCGAUCUCUCUACAUUGCUUCUUCGAUCCCGUCUUUGAUUUUCGUUAUCUCCGUACUUCCUUUCCUCCAUGAGUCACCUCGCUGGUGCCUCGUUCGAGGAAAAGUAGAUGAAGCCAUGAAAAUUAUGCAAAAAAUCGCUACAUCAAAUGGCAAACAACGUAUUCCUAAUGGCGUUGUUCUUGCCCUCGACAGUGAAGUGAACGACGACAACAACAACAUAACGGACCUUACACCUACCUCUAUAGCCAUGCUAGAACCCUAUACCAAAGAAGCGCUAAAUGGAUCCAUUUUAGAUGUACUAAGGUUUCCAAUCACACGGAUUCGGUUAAUCUUAGCCGCGGGUAGUAACUUCUUCUGUUCCGUCGUUUAUUACGGGUUAAGUCUGAACGCCGUCAACCUCGGGACCAAUCUUUACCUCAACGUUGCCCUUAACGCAAUUGCUGAAAUGCCUGCUUAUUUUUUAACAGCGUUAGUGUUGGACAGGCUCGGUCGAAAGCCGUUAGGUGUAGGGACAAUGUGGUUCAGUGGAAUAUUCUGUUUAGCUGGAAGCUUAAUGAAGGGUGAAGGGGCAUGGAAAGUGGUUCGAAUGGUGUGUGGAGUUUUAGGGAUAUUUGGUAUGGCUGGGACAUACAAUUUGUUAUUUGUGUAUUCGAUGGAGUUGUUUCCAACUGUGGUGAGAAAUGCAGCAUUAGGAUGUGCGACUCAAGCGAUACAUAUGGGGGCAAUUUUGGCACCAAUUAUUGUGGUUUUAGGGGGUGGCAUACCAUUUCUUGUAUUUGGUAUAUGUGGAAUUGCUGGAGGAUUUUUGGUAUUGUAUCUGCCAGAAACAUUAAACAGGCCACUUUAUGAUACAAUGGAAGGACUACAAGAAGCUGAAGCAAAACCUGCCAUGGUAGCUUAA